CGCACACGAGACAUAUCUAUUUGCUCACACAUUUUACUUUUGUAGAAAAAGUUCAGAGAGAGAGAGAGAGAUGGAGAGGGAUUUUAAGGAGCUUUCGUGAUUUUUGCUUCUCAGCACACCCAUAACAUGCCAAGACCAUCACCACCACAGAAGCAGCGACACCACCACCACCACCUCUCACUAUUCCUUCUCGCCGUCCUUCUCCACUCCUUCACCGGUAAUGCCGCCACCACUCAACAAUUCCGUGAAGCUCCCAAGUUCUACAACUCCCCAAUCUGCGCUUCUAUUUCUACUGCAGCUGCUGCUGCUGCUGAAUUCUGCUCCAAUGAGGCAGUCCACGUCGCCAUGACUCUCGACGCCGCUUAUCUCCGUGGCUCCAUGGCCGCCAUUCUCUCUGUUCUCCAGCACUCUUCCUGCCCUGAAAACAUAGUUUUCCACUUUGUCUCCUCCUCCUCCGACCUUCUCGGCAGCAUCAUCUCCAAAUCUUUCCCAUACUUGAAGUUCCGAGUCUACGCUUUUGAUGACUCGGCGGUGUCGGGACUCAUCUCCCCCUCGAUCCGAACCGCCUUGGACUGCCCUCUCAACUACGCCCGAAACUACCUGGCAAAUCUCCUCCCUCCAUGUGUGCAGCGCGUGGUCUACCUCGACUCCGACCUGGUCCUCGUCGACGACAUUGCCAAGCUCUCCGCGACCCCACUGGGGGACCGAGCAGUCCUCGCCGCACCCGAGUACUGCAACGCGAACUUCACCUCCUACUUCACACCGACGUUUUGGUCCAACCCUUCUCUGUCCCUGAUCUUCGCGGGUCGCGAAGCCUGUUACUUCAACACAGGUGUGAUGGUCAUCGACUUGCAGCGGUGGCGAGACGGUGACUACACGACCAAGAUAGUGGAGUGGAUGGAGCUCCAGAAGAGGAUGCGGAUCUACGAUCUGGGCUCACUGCCACCAUUUUUACUGGUUUUUGCCGGGAACAUAGCUCCUGUGGAUCACCGGUGGAACCAGCAUGGUCUCGGGGGGGACAACUUUCGUGGACUUUGUAGAGAUCUGCAUCCUGGUCCGGCGAGCUUGUUGCAUUGGAGUGGGAAAGGAAAGCCGUGGGCUCGACUCGACGCGAAUCGGCCAUGCCCGUUGGACGAGUUAUGGGCUCCUUAUGAUCUUUUGCAAACACAGUUCGUUCUCGAGUCUUAGAAGAAGAAAUGGUAGAAUUAAUUAAUUUUCUGCAAGUCAUAAAUAUUACUUCUUUUUUUCUGACAUUUUUAGAGGAAUUGGACAUGAGUACUGGCUUAUCAUAUAUCAGAAAAGAUCAGCUAGAUCGAAGUUAUAAGCGUUUCUCGACUAUAUAUGAGCCUCAUCUGCAGAUUUUGAUAAAUUGGGGUACUGAGGGGAGGUCAUGUUUUUGUACAUUACAGCCAUUAACGGAUCUUACUACUGCAGAAUGUUCUCUUUUUCUUUCUUUCUUUCUUUCUGUUCCUGGGAACAGGGAAUUAGGGUUACUAAAGAAGGAAUCUAUAUAUGGUUUGUUGAAUUUUCUUUUCUUUUUUUGGGCUGGAAAUACGCUAGUCAUUUCAUUCUCUUAUGACCUUAUAUAUUUUGUGAAAGUACUCGAAAUGAUGAUCAUCAGUUUAUUUUA